GCCCUGAAUUCAAUUGCCAAUGCCGCUAUGGUGUCGUCGGAGCGUAUUUUGGCCCCGGUGGCCGUAUUAGGUCUUCACCUUUUGCUGUUGGCCAACGUCGCCUUCCACCGAUCUCAUCUCCUCACGCCCUUCACCUCGCCUCACGUCGUGCGCGCCCUCGCCGAGUGGAGCCUCGCGCUGCUGGCCCUCGUCGCGUACCUCCGCACCGUGUGCCGCGACCCGGGCAUCCUCACCGAGCCCACCGAGCGUCCAGACUCCGCCGCGGCGCGUCCCGCGGCGCGUCCCGCGGCCGCGGCCGCGUGGGCGCUGGCGCCCUGCGGGCUGUGCUGCUGCGCCUGGCGGACGCCCAAGGCGCGGGAGGUGGCGCGGGCCACGGAGGCGGAGCUGCAGCCGAUCGGCCGGGCACAGCUGGAGGCGAUGGCCGAAGAUGUGGAAGAUCCGGGGGAAGAGAUCAUCAGUUUGGAAGAUCUGGGAGGUGAAAUGAAUGAAGUGAUAGCUAUGCCGGAGGCUAUGCCCAAAUUGGAGGAACCAAGUGCUCCAAGUGCAAGGAGGAGACAUCCUUGGCAAGAACAACACAUGCAAAGUGGGGCCAAGCUGCGUUUCUGUAAGGCCUGCCAGAUGCAUCAGCCACUGCGAACCAAGCACUGCCGCGAUUGCGAGCAAUGUAUCCGGACCCAUGAUCACCACUGCCCCUGGGUGGGGACUUGUGUGGGCGAGGGAAACCGAGUGUACUUCUUCUGGUUCCUGAUUUUUCAGUGGUUGGAACUGGCUGUUUUUCUCUUCGAAUCUUGCAUGACCUUUCGAGAGAAGGGCCUCGUACCAUCCAUGUGGCUGGUUCGGGCGCCCUUGCUGCUGGUGGGGAUUGGUGUGAAGUGCCUCUUGCUUUUAAUGGUCACAUGUUUGGUGUGCUUCCAUUCCUACUUGGCACUGGCCAACAUCACCACCUGGGAGAACAUGUCCUGGCACAACAUCUCUUAUUUGAAGGGCCUGGAUCCCGAGCAUGGCUCGCCCUUCUCCCAAUCCUUGAGCUUCAACCUGGCCGUCUAUUUCUGUUCCAAGUCGGCAAUACGCCGUGGAUCUGUGAAGGAGACGGAGGAUGGGUGGAUCCUGUGGGAGCUGGGUGAGCAGCAUGACCCCUUGGAGUAUAUAUGUUGCAAGAUCUGCAGCUGUUUCGAUGAGGAGUGAUGUUUCGAUUGAGGGAAUCAUCUCAGGCUUUAAGGAUGAGAAGGCUUGGGCUGUUCCAAGCCGAGGGGAAGCUGAGACGUGCACAGCCACUUCUCUCGAUGCUGCCGCAUGCAGCUGGAGUCCGAGGCCACAUCCGCCACAGAAACAUGCCCUGCAGCCAUGGGGGUGUAUCCUUGAGAAUGGUAUCGGUUGCAGUAUCCC